AGGGACUGAAGCCACCAGGCAAAGAGGAGCAUGGGAGGGGUCCCUUGGACACCCCCACUGAGGAAGAGCAUUGAAAGGCACAAGCCCACCCACUUCUUAGCUGUGUGGCCUUGGGCCAAUGUCUGCCUCUCUGAUCUCCAAUUUCAUAUCCUGGGAAAUGGGAGGCGUCCCUCCUCCUCCCCACCCCAGACCAAGUUGAGAAGCCAGUGAGGAAAAGGUUGGGGGGGGCAGAACUCCUGACAGGUGACAACAAACUGAGUUCAAGUCAGAGUUCUGGGUGGCAGUGGACAGACCUGGCUCAGCUUCUGAGCGCCGCGUGCCCUCAGGCAAGUUCAUCACCUCCCGGGACCUGCUUCCACAUCAGAAUAACCCCCAAGGAAGGUCCAGGUCCAGCACCGAGCUGCGCAAGGAGAAGUCCCGGGAUGCGGCGCGCAGCCGGCGCAGCCAGGAGACCGAGGUGCUGUACCAGCUGGCACACACGCUGCCCUUCGCGCGCGGCGUCAGCGCCCACCUGGACAAAGCCUCCAUCAUGCGCCUCACUAUCAGCUACCUGCGCAUGCACCGCCUCUGUGCCGCAGGGGAGUGGAACCAGGUGGGAGCAGGAGGAGAGCCACUGGAUGCCUGCUACCUGAAGGCCCUGGAGGGCUUCGUCAUGGUGCUCACCGCCGAGGGAGACAUGGCUUACCUGUCGGAAAACGUCAGCAAACACCUGGGCCUCAGUCAGCUGGAGCUCAUCGGGCACAGUGUUUUUGAUUUCAUCCAUCCCUGCGACCAAGAGGAGCUCCAGGAUGCCCUGACCCCUAGCCCAAGCCUGUCCAAGAAGAAGCCCGAGCCCCCCACGGAGCGGCGCUUCUCCUUGCGCAUGAAGAGCACCCUCACCAGCAGAGGGCGCACCCUCAACCUCAAGGCAGCCACCUGGAAGGUGCUGCACUGCUCCGGACAUAUGAGGGUCUACAAGCCCCCCGCACAGCCGUCCCCCGCCGGGAGCCCCAGCGCCGAGCCCCCGCUGCAGUGCCUGGUGCUCAUCUGUGAAGCCAUCCCCCACCCAGGCAGCCUGGAGCCCCCGCUGGGCCGGGGGGCCUUCCUCAGUCGCCACAGCCUGGACAUGAAAUUCACCUACUGCGACGAGAGGAUCGCAGAGGUCGCUGGCUAUAGCCCCGAGGACCUGAUCGGCUGUUCCGCCUACGAGUACAUCCACGCCCUGGAUUCCGACGCCGUCAGCAGGAGCAUCCACACCUUGCUGAGCAAGGGCCAGGCAGUAACGGGGCAAUAUCGCUUCCUGGCCCGGAGCGGUGGCUACCUGUGGACCCAGACCCAGGCCACGGUGGUGUCAGGGGGCCGGGGCCCCCAGUCAGAGAGCAUCGUCUGCGUCCACUUCCUGAUCAGCCGAGUGGAAGAGACGGGUGUGGUGCUGUCCCUGGAGCAGACGGAGCAACACUCUCGCAGAGCCCUGCAGGGGGGUGCCCUCUCUCAGAAGGACGCCCCUAAUCCUGGGCACAGGCUUGAUGCCCCCGGCCCCCGCAUCCUGGCCUUCCUGCACCCCCCUUCCCUGAGCGAGGCCACCCUGGCCGCUGACCCCCGCCGUUUCUGUAGCCCUGACCUCCGCUGCCUCCUGGCGCCCAUCCUCGAUGGAGCUUCGGGAGCUGCCACCCCCAGCACCCCGCAGGCUGCGCGGCGUCCCCGGAGCCCUCUCCCGGCUGAUCUCCCAGGUGAACCACCUGUGGGCGUGGAGAACGCGCGCGGGCUCUUCCCCAGCGGGAGAAUCCUCGGGGCAGCGGAGACGGAGCUGGGCGCAGCUCAGGACGCCGAUGCUCUGGACUUGGAGAUGCUGGCCCCGUACAUCUCCAUGGAUGACGACUUCCAGCUCAGCGCCAGCCAGCAGCCUCCCAGCGCCUACCACAGACCCCGAGGGGCUGUGCGCCGGCCCCGCGCACGGAGCUUCCACGGCCUGUCGCCCCUGACCCCCGAGUCCUCCCUGCUGCCCCGCUGGGGGAGUGACCCCCGUCUGAACUGCUCCAGCCCCUCCAGAGGGGACCCCUCAGCAUCCGGCCCCACGGCCGGGGCUCGGAAGAGGGCCCUGGCCCACAGCCCAGUGGACGAGGGGGUGGAGCUGCUGGGAGUGAGACCCCCCAAGCGGCCCCCCAGCCUAGAGGCCGAGAGCUUCCUGCUGCCUCCCCUCAGCCUGAGUUUCCUUCUGACAGGAGCAGCAGCCCCUGGGAGCCAGCAGGAUCCCGGCAGCCGCCUCCUGGACAUGAACGAGCCCUUGGGUGAGUGGCGACCUGGGAGUGCAGAGCCCUGGUCCCUCUCCUGCGGGAUGGGUGGCGGGGACUGUCGUGGCCGGAGGGGAUCUCCAUGGCAGAGGCUGCCCCUUCCUCUUCUCCUGGGCCGCGGUGGGGAGGAAACCCUGAGGGGCAGCCUUGCCCUUUGGAGUCGGAAUCAGGCCGGGUCCCAGCUGGGUCCCCUGGCCACGCCUGGCCUGCGGGUUGGGGACCAUUUCUGCCUCCAGGAAGCCUUGGUUUGCCGUCUGUCAGGUGGGGCCCGUGGCUACGGUUCUCACCUGAAGGACAGGUUUUGAGGACUCCCGGAGACUGUCCCAGCAGAGCUGCACACAAGAGCUGCCACGCAGUAAGCGCUCAGCCAGGGUCCCCCGGGGGGCCUUGGUGGAGAUGCUGGGGGCAGCCUCUCCAAGAGUGAGCCACUCCCAUCUUCAGAGCCCAGCUCCAGGCUGGGGCGGGGCUGGGCAGCGGCUGGCCUAGCAGGUGUGAGGCCCCGGGUUCGGUUCUCAGCACCACAUAUGAAUAAAUAGAGGUCCACCGACAACUAAAAAAAUAUUAAAAAAAAAAAAAAAGGCUGAGCUUCACCUGACAUCUCCAGGCAUCAGCCCGAGGGGUCUUUCCAAAGCAUCAAUGUGGCCCUGGCCAUCUCCUGCUCAAAACCCUUCUAGAGCCUUUCAGAAGCUUCCCACUUUGGGCUCCCAUCCCUCGGGGCCUGGCAGAGCCUCGUCUCAGGCCACACCCUGCUCUGUGUCCCUCCCCUGCCACUUCCACGGUCUUCAUUCCACUCUCCUCCCCCUAUUUGAACCCAGAGGUGCCCCAACAGCUGAACCACACCCUCAGCCUCUUAUUUAUUUACUUACUUUGAGAUGGGGUCUUGCUCAGCUGCCCAGACUGGCCUCCAACUUGUGCUCCUCCUGCCCCAGCCGCCCAGUCCCUGGGGUUACAGGGGUGCCACCACCUCUCCCUCAUGCACACACAGCGGUGCCAGCGCUGUCCCAGGUGCUAGAGAAACACCGGCUGAAGCAGGCGGAACCCCAGCCUUCGCGGCGCUGGGUUUCCAGUGGGAGAGAGAGAGACCAUAAGGAAGGAGUAAAUGCAGUCCAAAGGGAAGCGCAGCCAGGCCUGCGGCACAUCUGAAAUCCCAGGGAGGCUGGGGCAGGAGGAUGGCAAGACUGAGGCCAGCCUGGCAACGGAGUGAGACCCUGUCUCAAAGUUUAAAAAGCGUAAGAGAGGAAAACGAGCGCCACUGGGGAAAUAUGCGUGCAGGGGAAAGAGCGUUGUGGGUGGGCCGGGGCUUAGAUCAGAGCUGGCCUCACUGAGAAGGAGAGAGUUGAGCAGAGACCUGCAGGAGUGAACCCUGAAGAUUUCUGGGGGAAGAAUGUCCCAGAAAAGGGAACAAGAAGUUGCAAAGGUCCCAGGUGGGAGCACCUCUCUCUUAUUUGGGGAAAAGCAGGCUGAUGUGGCUGAGGCAGAGAAAGGUGAGGGGCGGAUUGCAUGGGGCCUCUGUAGACACUAUGACUUUAGAGUUCUCUUCCUCCAGAGGCUACCUCAGGGCCUUUGCACAUCCUGAUCCCUCUGCCAGGAAGGCUCUUCCCAUCAUUCUUUGCCUGGUUACUAUACCUGUAGACCAGGUAAAUGUCACCCCUUCCUUGAAGCCCUGCAUGGCCUCAGGAGCUCACGUCCUUGAACACCCCUCAUCACACUGGCACGUGUCCUUGUUUGGCCACAGGCUGUCUUCUCCCUGUGGGUCUGUGCCCACGAGGGCAGGGCCAGGGCUGUCUUGGUCACUGCUGUGCUGUUCUGUGUGCAGGGCUGGGCUGUGGCUGAGCACUCACUCUGGGCAGAGCUUUGUGCUAAGUCGUGUGUGUACGGCCACCGCCCUGGAGCAUCAGCCCCAGCCGGGCAGGGAGCUUUGCUCCUCCACCAGGCAUGGGCCUGGCACCUAGUAGGUGCUCAGUAAAUAUGUUUUGGACAAGCAGCUCUCAUGCUCGAGUCCAGUACGACUAGCCCCGUUUCCCAGGUAACACACUCACAUAGGUUAUCGCUCAGAGCACUUUAUGUGGCUUUACUCGAUGACACCCUGCAGCAGUCUUGGGAAGGUGUCUAUUAUUAGCCCAUUUUAUAGAUGAGAGAACUGAGGCCCAGAGAGGCGAAGUCAUCUGCCCCCGGUCACCCAGCAAGUAAGUAGCAACACCUAGAAUCAAAUUAGGACAAGAUCAGGGGUCUCUUGUUUGUGCUGUGGUGCUGAGGAUCAGACCCAGGGUCUCACUAGGCCGGAGCUGCACCACUGAGCCACACCCCAGCCACAGAGCGGGUUUGCUGCUGCUGGAGGCCCAACAGGGCAGCCUCACCCCUGCCCUGCACUCCCGGGAGGGAGGCAGGUCUGAGGGCUCUGGCCCUGACUCUCUGUCUCCCCACAGGCCUGGGCCCCUCGCUGCUCUCUGUCUGUCCAGGCCAGGAUCCCGUCCAGCCCAGGAGCCACUUCCAGGCAGCGGCAGGCUUGGCCCAGGCCCGCUGAGCCGCCGCUCCCCCUCCCACCCGGAGGGACCUCAGCCACACUCCAAGCCUGCAGCAGCGCAAGGAGGGGGCCUCCGUCCUGAGUGCCCCCCCAGCCUCGGGCCUACCUCAGCCCCUCCCCUGGCCCGCACCGUCCGGGGCCCGGGGCCUGGCUCAGUGACCUCUGGGGGACUCGGCCCCUCUCCUCUCAGGACUCCUGGUUACCUCACUCCCCGCAGCACCCAGGCUCACUCUGGGACCGGCUGGGAGGGCCAGGUCAGGGAGCGGCGUGGCCACAGCCACGUCUCUUUCUGUCCUCCCUUUAUUAUCGUUUUACUUUCGUGUUUUCAUGAUAUGGUUUUUAAUCACUAUGAAUUGCCCGGGGUCCGUAGGAAUGUGGGCCUCGGAUUGUCCCCGCUCCUCGGGCCUCAGCCGGGUGGGAAGCUCUGGGUCAGACCUGGCGUCCAGGGACCUCGACCUCCCAAGCUGCCCCCAAGCCCUGCCAGGGACUUCCGCUGCCCCACCUCGCCGCACAGCGAUCCCACUCGCCGUCUUCCUACUUCAGGGGGAGCCUGGAACUUUCUCUGCUUCCAGACGGUGUAGCCUCCGGCCUCCCCUGGCCCUGGGCUGCAGCCUCCGGCCUCCCCUGGCCCUCGAGCAUGGUCUGUGGUGGAGCCCAACAGCCCCCAGACCCCUGAUUCCAGAUCUCACAGCCUUUGGCUCUUUCUCGUUCUAAACUCACAACUCCCCGAUGCUGCCUGUGUUUAAGCCUCCCCAUCUCCAGAGAAAUGUUCUGGGUCACACAACCUCCGACUCCCUCCAGCUUCAAGCCCGUGAGCACCGCUGGUUCUAGAACUCAUUCCCUAACUCCCUCUUUUAGUUUUUCGUUUGGUUUCAGGCACAGGGGAUGGAACCAGGAGCACUUAACCACUGAGCCACAUCCAGCCCUUUGGAUUUUUUAUUUAGAGACAGGGCCUUGCUAAGAUGCUGAGGCUGGCUUUGAACUUGCAGUCCUCCUGCCUCAGCCUCCUAAGCCACUGGGAGCCACCAUACCUAGCCUUCCUGGGUUGUGGACCCCAUGAGUCCAGGCUUCCUUGGAUCUAGUUUUUCCUGAUCUGAAAUACAUUGGGUUCCAAAUCUCAGGCUCCUAAUUUCUAAAUCAUCUCAGUUCCUAACCUCGUGGACACAGCUCAUUCCUCUUCACCUCUCUACACUCAAGACUCACUUUCCCCGAAGAGAAGUGCAGUGAGUGUGUGUCUUGAUCUGGUGCCGGCUGUCCAGAGCCAGAUACCGUGUGCCAGUUUUCUCAGGUUCUAGACCUCGUGACCUCUGCCAUUCACUGGUUCUAGAUUGUACAACCUCUUGACCUUGCAACCGUCAGGGUCCUCUGAUCCCAGAUCAUUGCCUGUGACCUCUCUGGUUCUAGAACGGAGCUGUGCCUGUCUUCUCAUUCUAGACUGCGGCCCCUGCGUUCCCUGGGUUCUAGACGGCAUCAUGUCUUCCAGCUCCCCCUCUGGAUCACGUGGCUCCACAUAACCCUGGGUCUAGAACUCACCUUCAAAGAUCGGAUUAUAGGUCUCUGCCUCAUAGAUUUCUGUGGUUCUGGCCCUUAUAAUCCCACCUCCUCCUGAUUCUGGAUCUUAGGAUUCCACAAUCCCUGUGUUCUGGAACUUGGGCUGGGGACAUUUGCUAAUUCUCUCAUCACUCUAUAAAUUCUUGUGGUUCUGGGCUACAGCUUCCAGCUGCCUCUGAUUUCAGACUCAGUUUCUAGAACUCAGCCUCCACGUGCUUCUAGAAUCUGAUUCUAGAAUCUAGCUUUGCCCCGUGGACUGCUCCGGCCUCGGAUCUCACAAGCCCUGACUCUCAUUCCAGACCCCACCCCCACCGCUGCCCCUGAACUUGCGCCAACCACCCUCUGUCUCCAGUCUUCCCUCCCAGGUCUCCACCCUCCGGGACCUCUGCUCAUGAACCUCACGCUCAGGCCUCUCAGCCUCACCUCCUGAGGUCUCCCUGUCCUAGAAGCCCUCCCCUCCCUACCCAGCCCUCCAGAUAGCACUUCCCUGGCUUCACCCCAGGCGCCUGGGGGCCACCAGAGCCUUCCCCAGCCGCAGGCCUGCGCACAGCCCUGUCUGCAUGGGUGGAGGGGAGGGGGGCCGGCACUCCUCAGCUCUCCACCACAGCUGCGUGCCCCCCUGUCCCCCCAGCUCCCUUCACGAUGGUGCUACUCCUCCUCUCCACAGGAAGCCCCCACACUCAGCCCCACUCUCCCCCUCUUUGGAAGGCACUGCCCACUUCUCUGUCAGGGAGUGGCCUGUCCAGACUGGUGCUAUGAGGGGAAAGGAUCUGACAGGUCGGACUCCCCUCUCAGGGGGUGACCCGAGCCCUCCAUGGAGGGAGCUGUGUUGGGCUAGGGGAAGGGAAGAGACUCUGGAUCCCACUGAUGUCCCUGCAAUCACAUAAAGACCUCGCCUUGGUGGGCACCACA